AUGGCGGACUACAACUACGGUGGUUCGGAGGAGGAGAAUGCGGAACUGAGGAAGCUAGAGGCUGAGUUGCUGGAUGAUCCCGACAACUUUGAGACUUGGGAGAAGGUUGUCCGCGGCGCCGAGGCCCUUGAGGGUGGCAUCAACCGCAAUUCAAACCCCCAAGCCAUCACCACUGUUCGCACCAACUACGACCGCUUUCUCGCGAAGUUUCCCCUCCUCUUUGGCUACUGGAAGAAGUAUGCCGAUCUGGAGUUCUCCAUCACCGGCACUGAAGCCGCAGAGAUGGUCUACGAACGCGGAAUCGCCAGCAUCUCCCCCUCUGUAGAUCUCUGGACCAACUACUGCGGUUUCAAGGCCGAAACCUCCCAUGACGCCGACAUUAUCCGAGACCUAUUUGAGCGUGGUGCCAACUGUGUUGGUCUUGAUUUCCUUGCCCAUCCGUUCUGGGAUAAGUACAUUGAAUACGAAGAACGCGUUGAGGCACAAGACAAGAUCUUCGCCAUUUUGGGUCGUAUCAUUCAUGUCCCCAUGCAUCAGUAUGCGCGAUACUUUGAGCGGUAUCGCCAGCUAGCACAAACCCGUCCCUUGGCGGAGCUUGCCCCUGCAGACAUCAUGUCUCAGUUCCGAACAGAAAUCGAGGCCGCUUCGUCUCAAGUUCCUCCGGGUGCGAAGGCCGAGGCCGAGAUCGAGCGUGAUCUGCGCUUACGAAUUGAUAACUAUCAUCUGGAAGUUUUUGCCAAGACUCAAGCUGAAACAACCAAGCGCUGGACUUACGAGUCGGAAAUCAAGCGCCCUUACUUCCACGUUACUGAACUGGACGAAGGCCAAUUGGCUAAUUGGUCGAAGUAUCUUGACUUUGAAGAGAGCGAAGGCUCUUACUCCCGCAUCCAGUUCUUGUACGAGCGCUGCCUGGUCACUUGUGCUCACUACGAUGAGUUUUGGCUCCGUUACGCCCGCUGGAUGGCUGCUCAGUCUGGCAAGGAAGAGGAGGCGCGCAUUGUGUACCAACGUGCUAGCUGUCUCUAUGUCCCCAUUGCGAAUCCAACCAUCCGACUUCACUAUGCCUACUUCGAGGAGAUGUCUGGUCGCACUGAUGUCGCCAAGGAUAUUCACUAUGCAAUCUUGAUGAACCUGCCUAGUCACGUCGAGACCCUCAUCUCACUCGCAAAUCUCUGCCGUCGCCACGGUGGUCUAGAUUCCGCGAUCGAGGUCUACAAGACCCAACUGGAUUCCCCCGAGGUUGACAUGUCGACCAAGGCCGCUCUUGUCGCGGAAUGGGCUCGGCUCUUGUGGAAGAUCAAGGGUGCUCCCGAUGAGGCCCGGAAGGUCUUCCAAGAGAACCAGCAGUACUACCUCGACAGCCGUCCGUUCUGGACCUCUUACCUCAUGUUCGAGAUUGAGCAGCCGACUAGCGCCGAAGCCGAGUCCGUUCAGUACGACCGUAUCAAGCAAGUCGUUUCCGACUCUCGAUCCAAGAGUACACUACCUGCCGAAAUCGUCAAGCAACUCGUGCAAAUUUACAUGGCUUACCUGCUUGAGCGUGGUAUCAAGGACUCCGUCAAGGAGUACAUGACUCUUGACCGUGAGAUCAAUGGCCCACCUUCCAUCGCUUCGGUCAGGACCGGCGGAACUGCCAUUGCUGUGCUACCAACUCCCGCAGAAGUACUACCGGCAGUGCCUGCUCCCGCUCCCGCACCCGUGAUGCCCGAUACUCAAGACCCUGCAGCCGCGGCGCAGGCAUAUGCCUAUUAUCAGCAACAGGGAAGCCCUGUGAAUGGUGUCCCGGUCGCCUAA